UUCUCCAGUUCUCUUAUGGGACCUCUAGUAUAGUGAGGUAUACGGGGUGAUAAAACACCUGUUCAGUCAUUGUGUGCAAAGGAAAGGCUCCAGGGGGUGAGUUCAGAGAAUGAGGAAAAGGAAUUUAAAUGUACUGAAUACUGGACACCAUAUUUUAAAGACUUUAUUUUAUUCAACUCUAUAUUAAUGCUUUGUGAUACAUACCACUGUCUCUGGUAGAGAUAGUUUCUUUGUUUCUGAGGCCCUAAAAAUGGAGUAACUCACCUAAUUCCGCACACAUCGUGAGUGGUGGAGCAGAGUCCCCCCCACAUCCCGUUUCCUAGUUAUGUUCCAUUCCUGCCACGAGUAAUUGGAUUUCUGAUUCCAAGCCAGAUCCACAGUUAAGUCUGGUUCCAAAAGGCAGUCCUGUAGAACAUCCACUGUUUUUCUUGAGUGUGUAUUUUGGGAAAUGUAAGGUCAAUAAGUAGAUCUAAAAAAGAUGAGAUUGCCAAGUUUCAAAAGGGCAGGAACAGUCCUUGGCCUCACACCAGGAAGUGACAGACCAGUUCAUGGAGCGGGAGGAGGGGAGGUGGUGCCUCGUGGACAGAAAACUGACCCAGAACAGAUAUAAAAACAGACGCGCUGAGGAGUGGAGCCACUAUCAGGGGAAGACUCACUCCCAGGGUCUGUAGGAGACAGCACGGUCCCCCACCAACAUGAAGCUGCUGUUGUUGUGUCUGGGGCUGACUCUAGUCUCUGCCCAGAUAGAAAGAAACGAUGUUGUGAAAAGCAACUUUGACAUUUCAAAGAUUUCAGAGGACUGGUACUCCAUUCUGUUGGCCUCAGACUUCAAGGAAAAGAUAGAAGAAAAUGGUAGCUUUAGAGUCUUCCUGGAGCACAUCCAUGCCUUUGACAACUCUUCUCUGUCCUUGAAAUUUCAUACAAAGGUAAAUGGAGAGUGUAUUGAAAUUUCUUUGAUUUGUGUCAAAGCAGAAGAGGAUGGUGUAUAUACAGUUACCUAUGAUGGAUACAAUAAAUUUUGCAUCCUUGAAGUGGACUAUGAUAAGUAUAUUAUUUUUUAUGUCGUGAAUGUCAGCAAUGAUGGAAAAUUCCAGCUGCUGCUACUCAGUGCCCGAGAACCAGAUGUGACUACAAAGCUUAAGAGAAAGUUUGCGAGAAUUUGCCAAAAAUAUGGAAUUGUUGAGGAACAUAUAGUUGACCUGACCAAAGUCGAUCGCUGUCUCCAGGCCCGAGAGAGUGCAGCUGACCAGGCCUCCAGAAUAUCUGCUGAAAUCAGGGGUCAAAUGAAAACUAUGGUGGAGUUGUUACCGACGUGGGUCCCUGGACUCUUUAUUCAAUAGAAAUGAUUGGAGGCCAGACGAGGAAUUCAGGCAAGGCUUUACUGGGACUCGUGCUGCGACACAAGGGAGCGAGAACAAGAAACAGGUGCCGUUGCUUGAGCCUGAGUCAGGGGUGAGCUGGUUCCUUAAAUGGGGCGAGGGCAGGGGCGGGUCGGUGGGUCGGGCUGGAGGGGUGGCUUCGGUGGCCUGGCCACCCCCCUGGUGGUGCUGUGUGCACCUGCUUUUGCUCUCAGAAAUGGCAAUUGGUCGGGGCCUUUUUGUCUCUUAUUGUUCAUAAUUGCCCGAGACGGUGCAUGCUUGCAGCUAAGUUUAGUCCCUUAUCGUUUCUUUGUAUUCGUUGCUGAAGGAGAUGUUUGUCCAGGUGCAAGCACUCAGGUAAGAGGUCCCGGGUCCCAGCCUAUCUCAGAAUCAGCCAUUAGUGGGAGCGCUACUGCUUCUCGGUACAUUUUGUUCAGAGAUGGAGGGCCAACCUCACAACCAAAUCCCAGCGGGGAUUUUCCAUCAUGAUAUUUAAGUCCUAAACUCUGUUUUUAUUAGUUCCUUAGCACCGUACUACCACCUCACUGCCCGUCAACACAUUCUUAGGGCCUGAAAGCAAACUGAGUUAAAGGAAGAGAAAUAAGUCUACUGCCAGGAGCACCACAGAAUAAUAUUGCAAAUGCAGGUGAGGUAGGAUUACGCAGUAGAUCACACACGCCACACUCCCUUGCAAGAGCUGAAAAUUUAUGUUAGAAAACUCAAGUGGUGUAUCAGCAACACAGCUAGGGAGCUCUAUUCUUGGCACCCAGCUGGACAGGAGAAAUGGGUCCUAUAUUAGUUUCCUUUUCCUGCUGUAGCAAAUAACCACAAAUGUAGUGGCUUAAAACAGCACACAUUUAUCAUAUUACAUGUUCUGGAGGUCAGAAGUCUGAUGUGAG